AUGAAGCAAAUUUUGGCCACGUAUCGACGAUUAGACAAAGAAUCCAGUCCGAUGAGUUUGCAGCGAUCUUUAUUGUGCCUCGCGACGAAGGGGCAAGCAGACUUACGAAUACAUGAUUUGAGACAAAAUCGUGUAAUAAUUCUUCCAUUAGGACCAGCAAGGAUUAGUCACAGUUAUUUGAGGAUUGUCCAUCCCAUUGAGUUAGACCCCAUCGAAGAAGUUGUAAAUGACCUUUUCACAAAAGUUCAAGUAAUUGUAACGCAAGAUCAAAUAUUAAGUCCCAUGUUAGAAGCAAAAAUAGAGAAACUCAUGUUAACGUUCAAAAAGCUUAGUCCAAUGAACAAUAGAACAAAACGAUGGGAUAGUUUAGGUAGGGCCUGGAAAUACAUUUCUGAGAGGCCUGACGCUGACGAUGUAAGAGCAGGCUUAACAAUCAAUUCGACAAUCAACAAUAUUGUCAAAGAAGAAAAUAAGCAAAUCAAAAUAAAUACAGGAAUAGAUUCUAAAAUUAGGAAUAUAACUAGAGCAAUUAACGUUCUGAUAUCCAAUCACGAGAACCUGACAUCGAAGAUCAACAAAGGAUUCAAUUCAGUAAACUUGCUAUUCAACAUAGACGAGCUAACGCAGCAAAUCGAAACCAUCGAGGAAGCAAUAACUUUGGCCCGCUUCAACAUUCCUAGCAGUCGUUUAAUCAGCCUUACCGAACUAACCGUUGCACGAAAUGUCCUAAGAAAUCAAGGAAUCGACGUGACUAUGGCAGAGCAAGUAUUAGAAAUCGCAAAAUCGUAUGUCUUUACCAUUGAAAACUCGAUUGAAUACACUCUGAGGAUCCCAAUGCUAGUGAACGAAAUCUAUAGCCUUUAUCAAGUCGAAUCAGUCAUUUCAAACGGAGCUAGGAUUCACCUUCAAUACAACUGUUAUUUGAACGGAACAACCCCAUACUCUUCGAAAACGAUGUGUGACCGGAAAAUGGAGCAUUUCAUAUGCUACUCCUCGCAAUUAGAACCCCCAACCAAAUGUGUAGAAAAGCUGAUGAGUGGUUCUUCGGCACAGUGUUCUAUGGAGAAAGUCUAA